ACGCAAGUCUUGAGUUCUUGUAAUGUAUAUGUAUGAAUGUAUAGCUACACGCUACACGGCCGCCAUUCGGCCAUUGUAAAAUUAUGGUGGUUUCACAGUGAGAUCUCCGGUGACUAGAUGAUGAUCUGGAACAAUCACAGUUGAUCCAAUGGAGAACAAAAUGAUAAAGCCACACAAGGUUCUACACCUGCCAAAAGUGAGAAUGCUUAGCCGAAACCGACCACCAAUUCGGAUAACUAAUGUUCAGUCCAUAAAGCCACCUGAUCCAGAGCUGGUUAAGAAACAAGAGGAGGAAAAGCUGAGGAAUAAGGUGCAAAAAGAGAUAGCAUCAAGGAGUAGAACAUGUGGGCACCGUGACUAUGAAUGUUUGCUGCCAGUGGUGUCUGGGAGAGCUUACUGUGCCAGACAUAUACUAGAGGAUACCACGGCUCCAUACAAACAAUGCAUACAUAUUGAUUCUACAGGGGCUCGGUGUGAUAUGCCUGCACCAGCUGAUAAGGAACAGGGGUUAUGUUUCGAGCACGCCCGCGCUGUCCUCCUGAACAGACAACGCAGCACUGCGCCUCCGCCCCCUGUCACCACCUCGGAGACCCUGCUCAACAAGUUGCAGCAUUACGUCAGACCGGAGAGAACGCGUACGACAUCAUGCGCGUCGACCGUGUCUGUGGUCAGCGACCCGGCCGAUCACGAGCCAAGCACGCAUGCUGUGGACCCCUUUAAAGAGAUCGAUGCGACCGCAGUGAACGCCGCGGUGUCGUCCCAGCUGAUGGAGUGCGCCAGCGCCAGCGAGAGUGACUGCGACAGCAUCACCGUGGACGGAAUCAGCGAUCCCUUUGACGAGCUUUCCGACUUUGAGGACGCACCUUGCGAGGAUCGACCGCUGUGGCGAGCCGGAGUUUUCACCGCGGAGGAGGCGGUGUCGGAGGCUCGCGACGUCCUCCGAGCGCUGCAGAGCUCGUACGUGUCGCAGAUGGACCGGCUGAGGGUGUUGCUGCAGACCGCUCGUCUCCAGUACCUGCGGCAGUUGAAGACAGAGAAGGAGACAUACUGCAGCAUCAAUACCCAGCUACGCAGCGGCCCGAUGACGGUGCGGGAACGGCGACAGCUUAGAAAGCUGAAGUCUUACGCGAGCUAUCACCGGAGGCAUGGAGUGGAAGCAGUUCUGGCGCGGAAACUCCACAAAAAACGUGCCAAGGUGAACGAGGUGGUGAGUACCCGCGGCAACCACCUGCUCGGCAAGUGUACGUUCACCGAGGGCGGGGUCAGGUGUCGCACGCAGACCGUGCCCGCGGCUAAGCAUUGCCUCAAGCACAUCUUGCACGAUCGUCACCAGGUGUUGUUCAAAGCGUGCAGCGACCCUCGCGGCGGCGUCGCGUGCCGUGAGCCGGUCGCUCGUCUGCCCGUGGCGUCCAAACUGUGUCGCUAUCACAACGAACCUCCCUCCUACGCCACCUUCACUUUAAAGAAAGAUGAAACAGACAGUGAUGGAGAGACCACAGAGUCCAUAGAGAGUGAUGGAAAAUUACCCGUGGAGACAUCAGUAGACAGUCUGGUGCCCGAUGUCAUGUACGAAUAACAUCCGGACUGGCUGGCCGACAGUCUAUGGAACUUGUGAAGUAAUUGUAACUCAGUGUAUAUUAAGAGUGAUAAUGUGAACCCGGGACUGCAGAGUGUAUUGAAAGUUAAAUUUGUAACCAAAAUUUAUGAAUGAUGCAGUACUCGAACCCGUGUGACCUCUCGGGUUCCGUCCGAGGGCUCUUUCCAACUGAUCCAACCGUUCGAGUACGUAUGGGUCAUAAAUUCUGGUAUAUCUUGUUCAACUCUCAGGUUGUGGCUCCAUCUACAGGAUUGACUUUACAGUUGAUAACCUGGUCAACCCCAAUAAUUGCUUAUUUGCCCAGUUGUAGAUAGAGCUGCAACCUGAGAGCCACCAUUUGUGUUACUUAGAUAUGUGUAGGGUAGAUUAAAAUUAGUGUUUAAUACACACAUUACACCUUCAUGCUAAGAUCAUACUCCUACCUUAGAAGCGUCUCUUGAACUCUGGUCUUCCAGAUGUCCAUGGUGAGUCCCUCACCACUUGCCAUCAUGUGCGCCUCUUGCCUGUUUGUCGUUUGCCUCUUUAUAUAAAAAAAAAUACCGAAAUAUCAAGGUUCCAAAGUGCAGUUUUACCUAAUCCGUGCUACUUCCAUAAUCGCACCACAUGCCAUAAAUUAAAACUUUACGUAAGUAAAGCGUGGAAGGAGCGUCUUUGUGUGGUAUUUCAAGAAUGAUAUGACACAAAGCAAGCACAACCACUAACCUAAAAGGCCGUCUUGAGUAAUUACUCUGGCGUUGCAAUGGUCGGCGGUGAUCACUUAUCAAGUUACCCACAUACUCGAUUAGCUUCCUCUUUGCAAUUAUAUCGAUAAUCGUAAAUGAAGUAAGCUGAUUGAGUGAAAAUGUGUGACAAUAAUGUUGAAUGUGGAAUAGAGGCUCAGAAGAUAAUGUUCCUUGUCAUGUUCAAGCUUCUUGCUUUAUUCGGCUAUUAAUGAUGACGUGAUAACGAUAAUGUAUGUAUUAUAAUUGAUUGGUUCGUAAAGGUUAACUGUCUUAUUCAUAAUGACUUAGCGGAGAUUAAAAACAUUGCUAAUAUACGCUUGUUAAAAAUGGUAUUCAUAAUCGCAUAUUAGAGCGAAAUCGCUAAUUUUCGAUAAAGCUGACGUGACUUAUAGUAGCUAGGACCCUUCUAUCAACCUAUUUUUAGCACUCGAACGCAAAAAAACAUGGCCGACAUCGAUCAGCUGUUCGUUAAAUAAUGUGAUAAAUAGCUUCCCGCUCAAAGCUGUUGGAGAUCCGUCAUAGAUUGACAACCGACAGACUUAUACAAAUGAUUUGAGUUUUCUUUAGUGUUAAUUCCGCCAAUAUUUGUCUUUAAACAAUUCGACACGUGUUUCGACUCUACACGAGGCAUCCUCAGGACGUGUUGUCUCGCCAAAAUCUGGCACGAGACUCUGUCUCGAAAGAAAGAGAAGACUCAAAUUAUUUGUAUAAUUAUGGAUUUCCGCAAAGUAACGCCAACUUCAAUAAAUUAACCGACAGACUCCAACACUUUGAUUUUUGCAGUUUGAAAUUACUUUGACAUCGACUUUUGACAACUGACAAACCAUUGACAUUGAAAAGAGGUCUGUUUCCAUUGACAGUUCCUUUUUUUGUACAAAAUGGAAACAUUGCGUACUAUAGAGACAUAUUAGUUAUGGGAGAUUUAUCUAACGAAUAUGAAUAAGGAAUUUUAUCGAACGUUCGGUAGGCUUAAAACACGUUUUAACUAAUUUAGCUUUAUACCUUCGAAAAGCGUUUUAUUAAGAAUAAGUCAGUAAGUAUAUUAAUUGGAUCCUUUCACAAAUCCGAUUAUGCUAGUCAUUAUUACAGUGUAACACGUAAGAAAUAUUGUGAAAGCAUUAUUGGGCCUUUCACAUCCUGAUAUUGCAUGAAGACAAUUGCAAACCAUCUGAAUGAAAAUCAUUAAUCUUAGGGAGUGUUUAAUUAAAACAAUGAAUCGGAUUAAGUAGCGUUCAGUUAUAUAUGAACAUACAUACAAAAUAAUUAAAAAGAUUAGUAUUAUCAGAUCAAUAAGUAAAAAAUAAUUGAGAGAUUUACAAUAACAAAUAAAGUUUGCCUCGCUGUUGAGAGCACGCGUAAUAAUAACAGAAUUAAUCUUGAAUGUCUUUCUUACAAUGUGUUUCUGUUGUUUUAUGUAUCUGAACUUUCCAAUAACAAUGCCAUAUUAAUUUCUAAGACACAUUUUAUUCCGUAUCGCCAAAAAGUACAGAUUAUUAUUAAAUAAAUUUAAUAUAUUAUUUCAAACAUUUUAAACCCAUGAACAUCCAAAAACAGUGACUUUGAUCCGUCUUUUGAUAUUUAUAAUAGACACAUAUCUUAAUAUAUAUAAAUUACGUGACACGUUGUUUGUCCGCGAUGGACUCCCUAAACUAAUGAACGGAUUUUAAUGGGGGUUACUUCAUGAAGUGCAGUUUGGUCCAACUUGAAAGAUGGGAUAGUUUUUAUUUCGAUUUGCGACCCAUAAUUAUUUUUAUUUUCAAUGUUUCUUUUGUAUGAACAUAUUUUCGAUUAGAUAAUUUUGUGACGCAUGGAUUUGACAGUUCCGCUGUGAAACAAUUUCAUUACAAAAACGGAGCAUUUUUUACGAAAUAAUUCUUGAUGUUUUGAAAUAUUAUUGGCGAAUUCGAGUCCAACGUCUGUCGGGGCAGCUAGUAUAAUAUAUUAUAUACUGUACAACACUAAGUUGCAGAUAGUAAUUCUUCGUCACGCUACCGAUGUAUUCAAUUGGAAAAUUUCUAUAUAAACAAAGAAAACUGCUAUACAAAUUAUCGAUUAAUUUAAUUCAAGUUUGAGUGCUAUAAUUAGUACACAUAGUAGACAUCUAGUUUAUCUAUUGAUAUACGCAGUGCGUGUGGUGUCGCACCAGAAUAGCACCACCCCAUCUCCUCCCGUGGGUGUCGUAAGAGGCGACUAAGGGAUACAAUAAACGGAGGAUGGGCAGCAGCAUACUUCGUUACGAGCACACCAUCUACUGCGAUCGCCAACCCCACCUGCCAAGCAUGGCGAUUAUGGCACUAAACCCCCCAAAAAUACAGACACGAUUAGGACAAAUAACACAAUUUUUCCGUGAGAUAGAUUGAAAUAACAUAUUGUGGUGUCUGUAUGGCUACUAGAAUAUUUUCAAUUUGACUUGCAUUCCCGAUAGUUAGUGGUGAUAUUUUCUAAGUCCAACAGUAAAAUUGUGGCUGUGAACUAUCCCAAGUAAAACCGUAAAAAUGGGAUGAUACUCUUUAAUAUCAAAUUUAAUUAGCGCAAAAAGAAAUGGCACAAAUUUCUGUUUAAAACUUCUCUACGCCUGAAAAUAAUACAAAUUGAACACUUUUUCACAGUUUAAAAAAAUGUAAUUGAAAGUUAGCUGACCAUUUUUAUCAUAGUGUUUGAUAACCUUAUUAAUAGUUCAAAAUUUACAUGUAGUCUGAUUACAAAGUUAGUACAAUAUAAGAUUUCAAUAUCACUUUACAUUUUUAUAUUUCAGUCACUUCUUAAUUUUAACAAAAUAUUCAAAUUUGUUGAAUCAACUUCUCUAGAUAUUAACCAACACCUCCCCAAAAAAAUCUUAUACUACGUUAAAACUACAAUUAAUUUUGGUGAAAUAUGUUCAUCACAUUAAUAUUACACUUAAUUUUAUAUUAUUAAGAGGUUAUUCUACGAUACUUAAUAUUCUUAGGAUUCCAAAACUAAAGCACUUCUCGGUGCUAGGAUAUACAAAAAUGAUUAAUAGUUUCCAUUAUAAAGGUACGUACUAGAAAAAUAUGCUAGAAACUUUAAUAGCCAAUAAUAACUUCUUUUACAGGCUGAAAUAAUAAUUUUGAGCUGUCAUUUAUUACAAAAAGGGACAUAUAACAUAGAGUUAUGAAAUAUUUUCUCUUGCUAGUUAUAUUUCAGGACAGACACAGUCUCCAAUACAUUUGCUAGAAUAUGGAAUAAGCAAUGAUAUACAACAGAUACAAUAAUAAUUAUUACCAGGACAUGAUACGAAGCCGGAUUUAAACAAAACUAUGAUUACUGCGGGAUAUAGCAUUUAAUAUAUAUAUAUUUUUCAAAUAUAGUAUUUCUUUUAUAAUAUCGAAUAUAUAUUUCUAAUAUACAAUGUGUACUUUCCAUAGGUGCAUGAGAAAUAGAAAUAAAAGAACCGAAAGAGUCCAGACUUUCAUGAUGCGUCGGACUGUGUUUAUAACUUACAAUAUAAAUAACUUUAGGUAUCGCAUCCGCACGCAACAGCUUAAAAUAUUUAUUGACGUGUAUAAUUAUGAUAAUAUAGACUUUUAGAACACGCGGGAACAUCUACACUAAUUGGCAUCAACUAAAAAUAUUAAGGAAAUCACAGCACCAUGUAUUGGGACUUGAAAUGUCCUGCUCGUCUUGUCCGUUAAUGUCAUAAAAACAAACGGAUUUUGUUUUUAAACGCGAUGCUUAAGCAAUAACCAAUAUGACGCAAUGAGAUAAAUACUACUUGUAUUUAAUUUUAAUGUUAUGAAAAUAUAAGCAUAGAGUUUUGAAUAGAGGCCUUCUAUUAUUAAUAAAAAUUAUAUGGAUAGCUCAACAAAUAAUAGAGCCGAGUAAUUGGUUGUCCCAAUUUGAUGUACUUCGAAACUAAGACGAAUAAGAACUUGUCGCAAAUUUAGCUCUCAUGGAAUUACUUACAUGAUAAUAUCAGUUGAUUUAGUCUCAUUUUAAUUGUUUAACAAACAAUUUUGAAAGAAUAUGAAUUCUACAAAACGUAAAAAAAAACAUAUUUAGUUCGAUGGCGACACUGUUCUUAAAGCGUGACAUACAGUUCACAUUUUGUCAAAACAUGUCAGCCUGCUAUAUUAUAAUUGCAGAUUAAAUAGAAACAUUAAACAAUUUAAAAAAUACACUUAAAUAUCUUGUAAUACUUUUUUUGUAAAAACUGCUCAGUUAUCUUCUUCAUAUACAUACUAAGCAUCUAAUAAAUGAAUAUUAAAUUGAUUAAUGCACAUUAAUUUAAAACCUAAGUAAUAAUAUAAUAAGUGCAAUCAAUAUGUAUUUUUUAUUUCUAAUCCAAUUGGAAAUGUUUUGAAGAAUGGAUUACUUAUUCUAAGCUUAUAACCUACAAAUAUUUUCAAAGACACUAAAACAUCUAAGAUAUUCCGAUAUGCAAAAUAUGAUUAUUUUUCACAUUAAUACAUUAUGCUAACUCUACCAGACUUUUGAUGGUGAUAAAAAUACACAUGAAAUUAUUCUAAUUAAACAUAAUAUGAUUAAACUUAUAGACUGAUGCAUGAGACAAAUUUAGAUAUAUUUUGAAGUAGAAAAAAAUUAUCGAUGCAAUGCCAAUUAUUAUGCUUGGUUAACAUGAAGUAUCGAUUUUGUCGGUUUCGGUAAGAUUAAAAUGCUUACUGUUUCAAAAUAUAUAUUUGCUUAUCUAUAAAGUUUGACAAUACUGAAAGUUUGAUCCGCAAUAAAGUAUUGUUAAAUAUUCUCGUUGCCAUUUCAAGAACACUAUUGUACACAGAAGCUGUGUUGCUACCAUGUAAACGUAAUCUAUUCUUGCUUCUCAAAUUUAUAUUGUGUAUUUCAGAUGUUCUGACAAAUGUAUCAUGGUUGGUUUGUACAAAUAAAGCUAUUUGAUAAUUAAAUAGUGGGGUCAAAGUAAGAAUUUUAAGUUGAUUUAAGAAUGGUUUACAACUAUCCAUUAUUUUAACAUUACAUCAAUAUUUUAAAGCUCAAAAGAGCUGCAUUCGGUCAAUACCUAACGCAGUUCUUUUGAGCUUUAAAAAUUAUCUCUUUUACGCAUGAGUUUCCCCAGAAAAUUAUAUCGUAUCGUAAGUUGGAUACAACGAAUCCAUGAUAUGCUGUCAGGACAGUUUGACUAUGAGCGACUUUUGAAAUUCUAUUAUAAGAUAGUGAAUGAUGAGUAAAACUUUGUCCGAUUCGCUUCGUAAUUUAAGGAUAUUAAUUUGUAAAUAAAAAAUGCUUAAUUGCGGAUCAAACAGACCGUCAUGUUAUACUUUAUAAAUAAGCAAAUAAAUAUUUUCCAAUA